AUGGCGGGAGAAAGCCCCCCCCUAAAAAAAAAAAAAUUAAAAGGAAGGGAGGCCGCCCAUUGUAAAGAAAGUCGGCAAAAUGAAGCAAAUCCCAUGGAGACAAAUUUCCUCAUAACGCAAAGCAAGAAAAAGGGAAACUUGGAAAAGUACACAUACGGAAAGGUCUGGCUGUACAAUAAAAUAAAUAGCCUAUACGCACAUUUUAACAUGCUUAAGAUGAGCAUCCAAAGGGGUGACCAUCGCGAGGAGAAGGGGAAGCAUCCUAUCAUGACCAUGAUGAGGAAGAAGAGGGACCAAGCGCAGCGCUACACACAUGAACAAAAAAAUCAUAAAACAAAAAAAAGGACAUUCGCUGACAUUUCGAAUGAAAACAAUGCAGACGCAGAGAAGACGGAAGAGAAGAACCAUCCAACGACGUUCCAUCAUUUGGAAAUAUUAAAAUCGCUACUCUGUAUUUACCAGUUUUACACGACGGAUGACAAUAGUGGGGAGAUGGGUCUCCCCCCCGGGGGGGCACACUUGGUGCUGCUCAGCACAAGGUAA